AGUUCAUCACCUGAUUGAUUUAUUAAUUUAUAAAUAAAUAAUAAUAUAUUAUUAUUUAUUUAUUUUAUUGAACGUUAUUCGUUAAAAACAAUUAAUACGAAAAUGAGUACCAAUGAUAAAGAGGCAGUGAACGUUGAGAAGAAGACGGAAAACGACAAGCCAACUGAGGACGCGAAAUGCGAACUCAAAGGGAUCAAGAGGGCGGCUGAGGAGAAAAAUGAAGAUACGAAAAAACCAAAGAGACAAGAGAAUGGCGAUGACAAUGAAGUAGAUACCGAAGACAAUGAAGAAAAUGAAGAUGAAGAUGAGGACGAAGAUGAAGCUGAUGAAGAUGACGUUCCAGAUGAUGAUGGUGAUGAUGAUGAUGAUGAUGAUGCAGAAGAUGAUGACGAGAAUCUUGAAGACGUAGCUAAUGAUGGUGAUGCAUAAUGCAUAAAACAUACAUUACUAAAUAAUAAAAGUAUAAAAAAAAAAAAAAA